AUGUUGUCCGUUCGGGAGCAAAGGGGUUGCGUUAUAAUGGAAUUACUGCAGACGGAAAGGGAUUACCGGAUGAAUCUGGAGGUAUGCGCCGACAUAUUCCUCAAGAACCCCGAAGAGGCCAAGAAUAAUGGCGUCGACUUGAAGCGACUGUUUGGGAACCUGGAGGACAUAAUAGACGUGUCGGCGCUGUUGAUCCGGAAGCUCGAGGAGUCGACCCAAAUGAAGAAAUACGAGCACCAGAUGGUCGGCAAGUGUUUCCUGGAUGUGUUGGACCAGAUGAAGGACGCCUACAGUCUGUACUGUAAAAAUCACGACCAGUUGCAGCCAUUGUGGAACCGAUACGACGGUAAGGUUAGGUUAACCCAACCGGACGCCAAGCAAUACCUGGCCCGCGGUCUGGACGUGAUGCGCGAGCGCACCAACUGUUUCGACAUACCCUCUGUGCUCAUCAAACCGGUGCAACGGAUACUGAAAUACCCGCUCCUACUGAACGAACUGCACAAAUGCACCGAAGAUGGCCACGAAGACAAGCCGGACCUGAUCCUGGCCAUCGACCGCAUCACAGGCAUGGCCACCCGGAUCAACGAGUUUAAGCGCCGGCAGGAUUUGGUCGAGAAGUACCGGUCCGAGUCGUCCCAGAAGCUGACGUCCCGCCUAUCGAAACUCAAUUUGCAUACCGUUAUGAAAAAGGGCUCGCGUUUGGGUCACCGCAUUAGUUCCACGUUAGGCCUCUCGCCAGCCACUAAGGACGAUGAGUUCAAUCGAGUGGUGCAGAAGUUCCACACCGUCGAGAAGACAAUCAAGAUCUUCGCCAAAGACAAGCAGGCGUUCGUCAAGUCUGUGGAGGACUUCUCGACGCAGGGGUUGGCUGUGGUGGAGGCGGUGGCCGAGUAUUACGAUAAGCGAAACCGACAGCAAGAAGUGGAACAGUUGCGCACAACUCACCGGGUGAUUGUCACCCAGUAUUGGCGCGAGUUUGACACCUCAGUGAACAGGGAUGUGACGCCCGUGUUGGACAAACUGUUGGCUAAAUUUGCCGGGCCCAAUAAGUUGAUCGCCAAGAGGUUCGACAAAAUGGCUGACUUUGACUCCAUGUCCAAAAAGGUUGAGUGCAAUAAGGAUCAGACGCGUCAGCGGCAGCUCCAGGAUCAGCAACAGUUGGCUAAACACGUCUACGAGGCGCUCAACACCCAAUUGCUGGAGGAGGUGCCGCGUCUGUGCGACCUAUCCCUGCAAAUACUCCAGGACUGCAUACAGGCGUUCCUAUUGGCCCGCAAGCAGCUGAUCGGCCGCAUCGCCCGCCACCACCUGUCGCUCCUGGAGCUGCCAUUAGUGGCGAGUUUUGCCAACGGGUCGGCCGAAGACAUUACGGAGACGUUUCAAAUCAAAUACAACUUAAUUACGGAGCAGCUGUUGGACGACAUAUCGAUACUGCCGGCGCACGUGUUCCCGAACGCCUGUCCCUCCGGUAGUGGUAGUCAUCACUCGUCGCAAACGGAUCUCCGGCGGCAGUCGACUCGUAAUUCGCGGCGAAGUUUGCAAUUAAAUCACAUCAACCUAUCGGUGGCCAAGACUGUGGGCGUCAACACUAAUAUGAAUCGAAAUGUGCAACAGUCUGGCUCUCAGCGCCAGUACCUUCAGUCCCGAUACCAGUCCCACCAGUUAUUCACAGCGACUGAACGGUACGAAGCGUGCGAUCUGUUGGACAUCUACCUGAACGCCGGCGAUUUGGUGGGCGUUUUGAAACGCCAGGACCCCAUGGGUUCGCCGCACCGGUGGUACGUCGACACCGGCAGCGCCCAGGGCUUCGUGUUGGCCAACGCACUCCGGCCCUAUCACGACGACUCGUGGGUAACGGCCCCUCCGGACACCACCACCGCUGUCACCAACAGUCGCCCGCAAACUAUAUACGAAAAGCCCGAAAAGAGACCCUUAACCUAUUGUGAAAAUCAGGCACCGGUAGCCUAUCCCUAUCCUACGCCUACGGUCAACCCUACCAACCCCUCAUCCCUAGUACAGCAUCAGUACAAAGUGCACCCGACGCCCGAACCGCCCGUCCAGUACAGGCACGACCCCAUCGAACACCAUCGCUAUGAGGAGGUGCCCGAAGACUCGCCCCCUCGCUAUAGCCGAUUGGAUGUGUCCGGCGACACGACUACCGGUGCCGCCAAUAGUAGUCUCCUGUCGUUUGAUGAGAGUAUAGACGAGAAACAGGGUCUCAAGAGUGGCGGUCAACCCCUGUACGGCAAUGUCGAUGAGUUUGAUCCGUACGCACCGGUAGCUCACGUGGAAAAGUCACAAACACCGACAGUUGAGACGACUACCUAUCACCGGUACGAGGAGGUGCCCGAAGCACCAGCCAUUAGAGCACCGGUAGCUCCGCAGAUAACCGAUGAGAACCUAUACUUCGCCGCCUAUCCAUUCCGAGCGAACGAUACCAAUCAGUUGACGCUGGAAUUCGGACAGCCAGUGGCGCUCAUUAAGGACAGGGAUCUGAACGGUAACAGCCAGUGGUGGUUCGUGGCCGACAAGGCGGGCCGCACCGGGUAUGUGCCGGCUAACUAUCUGCAAAAGUAUCAUAAGAAAUGAGGUGUCGUUCCCCUCCUGUGAGUCCAUAAAAACAACUUUUUCUUCCUAUACUUUGCUAUGAAUUUGCGAUAAUUUAUUGUAAUUGUAAUACAAAUGUCACACAAUUUUUUUGUAUACAUUUCCACUCGACUUCUCAUAUAAUCCGUGAUUUUCAGCUAUUUUUGUAUUUAUAAAUCAAAAAUAUGUGAUUAUUUUUGCGGAUAUUAUUCAUGCAUUUAUUACUAUAUUAUAAUUUAUAACUAGUUUUGCAACUAUUAUAUGAAUUUUCUAAUGAUUUAUUUUUAAAUAUGAGUACUACUGGCCCUCCCAUUCCCAUCACAUUGUAGGCAUAUUUGUGUUAAAUCGUGAGGUGUUAUCUAAUAAUUUAAUCAAAGUUUUUGUGCAGUUAUUCUCACUUUCAGUCUACGAUUUCAAGUCUAUAAUGCAAUGAAUUUUUAUUAGGAUUUUUGUUUUUAUUAUUU